ACACUCACACUAUCAACACUCUGCAAACAAAUCACACUCUCUAAACUGAAAACCGUUUCCGACUCUUCAAUCACCUCGAAAUCCAGUGAAAUCGAGCUCAAUAGAUCCCCGAGAUUGGGAACCAUGGGUCGCAACUCAGUUCCCGCCGCCGAUUUAGCUUCCGACGAUGCGUCGGCGGCCACAUUCCACUCGAUCCGCGACCGUUUCGCCUUCAAGCGGUACCACAACGCUAGCAGCGGGGCCGAACUUCCGCGCUCCUCCAAAACGACGGCGCCGGCGCACAAAACCUCCCGAUCUCACCACCACAAGCAGCGGAAGUUGUCGUUCUUCCCCUUCAGAGGCAAAUCGCGGCUCUACUUUUGUAUUUUCGCGGUGAUUUUCGUGUUUUCUGUGGCGUCGAUGGUUAUGCAGAGCUCGAUCAUGCUGGCUUUCCGGCAGGGAGUUGGCGGAGACAGGAGAAUGCGGUGGAGGUGGUCGGUUAAGGAGGGGUUGGAGCUGGGGAGUUCGCUAGAGUUUGUGCCUCAGCGGCGGAUAGACUUGAACGGAAGCCGGCUCGAUUCGCUCAGAAGCCAGCCGAGGCUAGGCGUUCGGCCUCCGAGGAUCGCUUUGAUCUUAGGGAACAUGAAGACAGAUCCUUCAGCACUAUUGAUGUAUUCUUUGAUGAAGAACUUAAAAGGUCUUGGCUAUCUGCUUAAGUUAUAUGCCCUCAAAGACGGGAGAGCGCGUUCUAUUUGGCAAGAGCUUGGAGGUCCAGUUUCAAUUUUAUGGCCUGAGAGAUAUGGGUACACUGAUUGGUCAAUUUAUGAAGGUAUUGUUGCGGAUUCGCUUGAAGCAAAACAUGCCAUUUCCAGCCUUAUGCAGGAGCCCUUUUGCUCUGUGCCUCUGAUAUGGAUUAUCCAAGAGGAUACUCUCGCCACCCGUCUACAACUUUACGAGGAGAUGGAUUGGGGCCACCUCAUUUCUAAUUGGAAAAUGGCCUUCAGUAGGGCUGAUCUUGUGGUAUUUCCAGAAUUUUCUUUCCCGAUCUUAUAUAGUGUUCUUGACACUGGAAACUUCUAUGUUAUUCCUGGAUCUCCAAAAGAUGUUUGGGCUGCAGAAAGCUAUAGUGAGACUCAUUCCAAAUAUCAGAUGCGGAAGGAGAAAGGUUUUCAAGAUGAUGACCUGCUGGUUCUAGUUCUUGGGAGUUCAUUCUUCUAUUAUGACCUAGCCUGGGAUUAUGCAGUGGCAAUGCAUGAUCUAGAACCUGUACUCCUCAAAUAUGCAGGACAAAAUGAUGUUGGAUUUACAUCAAAGUUCAUUUUUCUUUGUGGAAACUCAAGCAGACAAUACAGUGAUGCCUUGCAGGACAUUGCGACUCGUCUGGAAUUACAGCAAGGAUCAUUGAUGCAUUAUGGCAUAAAUAGUGAUGUUGACAGUCUAAUACUGAUGGCUGAUAUUGUUCUGUACGGAUCCUCCCAAGAGGAGCAGGGAUUUCCUCAUUUGCUGACUAGAGCCAUGUCAUUUGGGAUUCCUAUAAUUGCUCCAGAUUAUCCUGUCAUAAGAAAAUAUAUUGUUGAUGGAGUUAAUGGGAUAACUUUUCCAAAAAACCAUCCUGAAGCAUUAAGAAAUGCCUUUGCCCUCUUGAUAUCUGAAGGAAACUUAUCGAAAUUUGCACAUUCUGUUUCUUCCUCUGGAAGGCUUCGUGCCAAGAACAUGUUUGCAGGAGAAUGCAUCUUUGGUUUUGCAAAGUUAGUGGAGGAUGUCUUUGAUUUCCCAUCAGAUGUCUUGCUGCCAACUCCUGCUUCCCAACUGAAAAAUAUUGUAUGGGAAUGGAAUCAAUUUAGAAAAGAACUUGACCAGAUAUCUAGUGAGAGAGGACAUAUGUAUAGAGAAGAUCAUUUGAGGGUGAAUUCGACUGUUGUAUACGACCUUGAGGAAGACAUGAUAAAUUAUGCUGCAUUAGGAAAUGUCAGUGGGGUCAAUCCUGAAGGUCUGGAAGAGGACAUGCCAACAGCUUUGGACUGGGAGAUCUUAAACGAAAUAGAGAGCUCUGACGAAGUUGAGAUGCUGGAAAGAGAGGAGUUUGAUGAAAGAAUGGAGAAAGAUAUUGGUGAAUGGGAUGAAAUAUAUCGUAAUGCUAGAAAAUCAGAAAAGCUCAGAUUUGAAACGAACCUGAGAGAUGAAGGAGAGCUAGAAAGAACUGGGCAGCCAGUUUGCAUUUAUGAGAUGUACAAUGGUGCUGGGGGUUGGCCAUUUCUGCACCAUGGUUCGCUAUACCGUGGGUUAAGCCUCUCUAGCAGAGCCCGGAGAUUGAGUUCAGAUGAUGUGGAUGGAGUUGGUCGGCUUCCCAUCUUAAAUGACACUUCUUAUCGUGAUAUUCUAUGUGAGAUUGGAGGAAUGUUUGCUAUAGCUAACGGAAUUGACGACAUCCAUAAGGGACCUUGGAUAGGAUUUCAGUCAUGGCGUGCUGCUGGGAAGAGGAUGUCUUUAUCCAAAAAAGCUGAAGAUGUUUUGGAUAAAGCAAUACUAGGAAACACUGAUGGGGAUGUGAUAUACUUUUGGACUCGUCUUGAUAUGGAUGCCGGUGUCAUGGGAAAAAACGAUCUGCCUACUUUUUGGUCGACAUGCGAUAUCUUGAAUGCAGGACGGUGCAGAACAGCUUUUGAAGAUGCAUUUCGAAGAAUGUACGGGUUGCCAUCAAAUGUAGAAGCUCUACCUCCCAUGCCUCAAGGCGGUGGGCAUUGGUCGGCACUGCAUGGCUGGGCCAUGCCUACGUCUUCGUUUCUGGAGUUUGUGAUGUUCUCUAGGAUGUUUGUUGAUUCUCUUCAUAGUCUACGCAUGAAUUCAGCGAACACAUCCACCUGUUUUCUGGGAUUUUCAGAACCCGAGAAGAAGCACUGUUACUGUCGAAUCUCGGAACUCCUAGUUAAUGUGUGGGCAUAUCAUAGCGCGCGAAAGAUGGUUUACAUUGAACCUAAUUCAGGCUCGGUGCAAGAACAGCACCCUAUCGAUCAACGGAGAGACUUCAUGUGGCCAAAAUAUUUCAACAUCACCUUAUUGAAAAGUAUGGACGAAGACCUUGCAGAGGCUGCAGACGAUGGUGACCACCCAUACAGGCCGUGGCUGUGGCCAUUAACCGGAGAAGUUUUCUGGCAAGGCGUGUACGAAAGGGAGAGAGAGGAGCGAUACAGGCUGAAGAUGGACAAGAAGAGGAAGACGAAGGAGAAACUACUCGACCGGAUGAAGCACGGAUACAAGCAGAAGACACUAGGAGGAAAGUAGACAGGCUGUUUAUGUAACUGACUUCCACAUUGCAGCUGAACCAGUUGUCCGUCCUCAGUUCGUGAGUCGAGGCAAGGCGUGCUCUUCACGGCCCUCGAUUUUCUCACAGCAUCCGAACACUUCCCGAUUAUACGAUCAUCUAACACGACACGAGCAUAGGCUGCUGGAGACGGGGCAGCGUGACCGAGGGCACAAACGCAAUGCAUUUUUACAUUAGUACAAGACUAGUGAGGUUUCAACUUUUGUUUCUUGAAUUGUAUAUACCAUUCAUAAUCCAUAAUAAUAGCAUAGUUCUAAAGAAAAAGUAACCCUUUGACAAAGAUGAAAUUGAGAUGGAUAGAAUUUGAGACCUUGAUUUUCUUUUUAGCACAAGUAUUAAAGGAAACCUACUUUAUUUGUUCAUUAUUGUAUCAAUUUAAUUUCUUGUUUUGUGGAA